UGGAUACAAAAGAAAGCACACAUGACAAAAAAAGACAAAAACAACAAAAUGUUAAAAUUUAUUAUGAUAAAAAUGUUAUAAUUUUGUUAAAUGGAUGAAGGAGACCUUGCAGUUUUGGGGCAACAGAUUGACAAGAGUCAGGUGCCCCCAAUUCACCAAAAACGCAUCCUUGCUUUUGUUAAUACCUUUGUUGUGAGCACGGUGACGUUUUUGAAUAAAUUUGUGAUAAAAUGUGAGUCAAAGUUCAUCGAAUUCGAGACGAAAUUGCAGAAGGUCGAGGCUUCCCUGGCAAUCCUCGAGAACAAAUUAGCAUCAAUCCCUGGCAUACCUGGGGCAGUGCCAGAUACUGAAAAAGUCGCAGAACCUCCUCGCCAGGUUGUAAAUGAAGAACAUCCGGAAGAAGUGAAAGAAAUUGAGGAAGUGGAACCACAACAGGAAACAGUUGAUGCUCCAGAAGAGUGUGUAGGAGUACGAGCUUGUGAGGACACAAGAUACAGGAAGUACUUCAAAAUGGUCCAAUUUGGUGUUCCACCACCAGCUGUGAAGCAAAAAAUGAAUGCAGAAGGCCUUAAUCCUGAUAUUCUCGAUGACCCCAAUAGGAUUCUACCGGAUGGAGUGCAGUAUCAAGAACCUGUAGAAUUUGAUGAUUAAAAUUGUUCUUUUUUUGCAAAUGGACAAA